AAGCGCGUGCAGAGUUUACGGUUAGGCGUCAGGUGAAACUCGCUCUGUGAGGAAAAAGGGGGCAGAUAAAACUUACUUCGUCUGAACUUUCUGGAAAGUUUUUUUUUCUUAAUGCUAUUCAUGAACUUAUUCGUCUGAGGAAACCUUUAACACCAGAAACCAACACGUUUACAAGAUGAAAAGCCUCAAGUAUCGAUUGAAAAAGCACGAAGUAACCAUCACAUGGCAACCUUUUCAGUAGCACGGUGCAAGGACCAGCUCCACUCACCCAAGAUGAGCCGCUGGCUGAAAUGCACCUCCAUGCACUUUAACACAGACUGGAACAAGUACGAUGAUCGGCUGAUGAAGGCUGUGGAGCGCGGCGAGGUGGACAAGGUGGCUGCUGUUCUCAGCAAGAAGGGCAUCAUCCCUACCAAGCUUGACGUGGAAGGACGCUCUGCGUUUCAUUUGGCUGCAACGCGAGGACACCUAGACUGUCUCAACCUCAUCCUGGGACACAAUGCGGAUGUCACUGCGACUGAUGCAUCUGGUAAAAAUGCUCUUCAUCUGUCUUCAAGAAAUGGACAUUCUCUGUGUGUGCAGAAACUCUUGCAGCACAACUGUCCAGUUGGAAACGUGGACCUACAAGGAAGAACGGCUCUACAUGAUGCUGUCAUGGCAGGCUGCUCCUCCAGCGUGAAACUUCUCUGUGAUAGUGGAGCCUCUGUGAAUGCCAGUGAUUUUGAUGGCAGGACACCUCUGGUGCUAGCAACUCAGAUGUGUCAUACACGCAUCUGUCAGCUGCUGCUGGAGCGAGGGGCUGAUAUCACCGUCCGGGACAAACAAAACAAGACUGCACUGAUUCUGGGCUGCGAGUAUGGCUGCAAGGAUGCGGUGGAGGUGCUGCUGAAGAGCGGCGCUGACGUCAAGGCGGUCGACAGCUUGGGUCACGACGCAUUUCACUACGCUCGCCUCAGCAAGAGCCCAGAGCUUGUUGCUAUGGUCAAAAGUUAUCUCGACAAAACCAACAGAGAAAAAGAGGCUGCAAAGGUGGAACAGUGGAAGCGACAGCAUUCAGUGGAGCGCUCAGAGGCAGCCGAGGCUCACCGAAGGGAUCAGAUCAUACAUGACUUGGAGAGACAGAAUGAGGGCCUGCAGGAAAGUCUCAGGAAGUACCACCAGGAGCAGAGAGUCCUGGUAGAUAAGGUCAACAUGCUACAGCAGCAGCUCACACAGGAAAAGAUAACAGUGGAAGACACUCAAAAAGAGAAGGAGCAGCUAAAGGUGUUACUCGGUGCCAAAGAAAGGGAGGAAGGGGCUCGAGGCUUGGAGACUGUCAAGGUGCAGCUCCGGAGUACUUUGGGGGACUACUCUGGGCAAUCUGUUAUUAAAGGUAAAGAAAACAGUUUGGUCAAACAAGCUCACAGCCUGGAUUCUGAUCAGGGACUCCAGAAUCCUGCCAUGUUGCGCUCAACGUCCAGACCUCCAGAGAAGAGUCAGCCCACCGUAGGCUGGAACCUUUCCGGUGAACUGGAUGCCCUCCGACUUGAACAUGAGGCAGUCAAGAGAAGACAACAGGCGGCAGAGGAAGAAGCGGCACGACUUCAGUCUGCCCUGAACCGUAAAAACCGAGAAUGUCAAGAGCUGGCUCAGAGUCGAGAAACCAUCCAGAAACAGGCUGACCAGCAGGUUCAAGAACUGGAGGAUGCCCUGGGUGACGUCCAGAAGAGGAUGCUGGAUUCUGAGUGUAAGGUCAAACAACUGCAAGCACAUGUGGUGGCUGUUAAGGAACACUUAGGAGGCCAGAUGGUAGAAGAACUGCGUGCCCAGCUCCAGGAUGUCAAGACCAAGUAUGAAGGUGCCUCAGCCGAAGUAGGUCGAGUUCGUAACCGCCUCAAACAGAGCGAGAAGGCCUUGGAGGAGUACAAGAGCAGCGAGAGCCAGCUAGCAGCUGAGGCAGAGAGGCUGAACCAAGACCUGGGAGCUGUGACUGCAGAAAGAGAUGAACUAGCAGAAGCCCUUUUGGAAGUGGAAACCCGGCUGAAGGAGGCCCAGACUAAACAUGGCAACACAGUACCAGCUGAGAAGUUUGACAACAUGAAAAACCUGCUGACAAAUGCAGUUGACGAGAAGGAACGUCAGCUCGCUGAGCUGAGGGAAGACUAUGACCGUGUGCUGGAGGAGGUGGCCGAACUCCACCGAAAGCUGGACAGUCCGUCAUCACAGGGAGGAUCAGGGGUGAUGUCUGCUGAAGAACAACAGAGGAUCAGGGCUGCCCUCGAAGAGCAGAAUGCUUCAUUCAAAAGAAAGCUGGUCGAUUUGACUGCCAAAAGCCAGGCUCUUAUUCAAGAGGUCAAAGAGAGCGAGGAGGAAAGAGAUCUACUACGAGAGCAGCUGGAUGAGCUCAGCAGCAGGGUUGAGACCGACUUUAUACCCAUACAGAACCACGAGGAAGCUCGGAGGAACAUGAUAUCGGCUUUGGAGGACCUGGAGGACAAGCUGGUGGAAGCCAGUGAGCGUUAUGGAAAAGCAGAGGCACAAGUUCAGCAGCUUCAAUCCGAGAGGGCCACGAUGCAGGAGAACAUCAGCAGCAUCCAAAGUUCCAGUCAGAGACAACACAGUGAAACGGAAGAUCUGAGGGCUCAAAAUGCCGAUCUGAUGAAGAAGCUUGAACUUUUGCAGACGAGAUGCGAAGACAAAGAUAAAGAGCGUGUGCAGCUGACCACCGAGAUCCAGACUCUGAAACAGAGUGUUGAGGGAGCGCAUGUUCCCAAGCAGCAGCACGAGCAAGUGACGAUGGAGUUAAGCUCCACCUUAGAGAGUGUUAAAGCUGAUAUGUUGAAGUUGGAGACCAAGGCAAAAGAAAGUGAAGAAGAACUGAAGAAGGUGACAGAAGGAAAUGUUAAGUUGAAAGAAAAGUUAGAAAAAGUCCUGCUGGAGAUGAAAGAAGACUUCAUUGAUGUAAAAGACCACAAAGCUACCACAGACAAGUUGAGCGCCGCUGUGUUUGAGGCAGAGAAGAGAGCAAAUGAAAUGUCGGCGAUGUAUAUGUCGGCUCAGGAGGAAACUGUGAAGCUUACCCAAGAACUGGCGGCCCAGACGAAAGAACUUGAUACCAUUCAGGAGGCUAUCCAGUCUAAGUUCAUCCCACUGACAGUGGCUGAGGAAAGAGAACAUUCUUACGUUGCUCAGGUGAAGGAGUUGACGGAAAAGCUGGUGGAAAUGGAAGAUAAGUAUAACAAAGAAAGGUCUGCCAUACAGAGCAGCAAACAGGAGAAAGAGAAACUAAAAGUUGAAAUUGAAUCUGUUCAGCAGAGGCUCGACUCUGCUCUAGUUACCAGUGAAAAGCACAAGGAUGUUGAGGAAAAGUUCAAGGGUAGAUUUGAGGAAUUGACUCAAAAGAUUGCCAACUUAGAGCAGCAGCACAAGGAGGUAACGUCUCACAACGCCGAUCUUCAAGAUCAGAACACCCUCUACAACACUCAGAUCCAGAAUCUCCAGGAGCGUUUGAAAUCGGAGUUGACUCGGAUAGCAACGUACGACACGGAGCUUCAAGCCCUCCACGACGCCAUGCAGCAAGCCCAGGCCGACUGCAAGAAAGCAAGAGAGGCUCAGCAGGAGGAGGCCCAGAGGGUUUGUGCCUUACAGAAAGAACUGCAGGAAUGCCGCAGGGAUCAGGCUUCUCUGCUGCAACAACAGGCCAAGUCCAAGGAAGCCCUGGAGGCUGAGGUCGCGCAGCUUCAAAUGGCUCUCCGUGAAGAGGAGGAGAACAACGCCCAGAGGGCUGAAGACGUCUCUGCCCUGCAAUCCGAGCUCCUUCAAGCCACACAGGCUCUCGAGGAAAUUCGCUACAAGGAAGACCAAAUGAGCCAGCUGAAGAAGGAGAAGCAGCAGCUGGAGGAAGAGGCUGCCGCCCUGCGCAACAAGCUGACGAACUUAGCAGAGGAGUGUGAAGAAGCCCGUCAGGAGUCGACGCAAGCGAGGGAGGGUGAGAGCAGGGCCCGGUCAGAGAUGGAGGCUGUGCAGGAGAAGGGACAGGCCAUUGAAAGAGAAAUUAGGGAGCUGAAGGAGAGAUAUGACGAGUCGCUCAGCACCAUCUGUGACCUUCAGAAGAGGAUUCAGACAUCAGCUCAGCAGACUGAAGCCAAAGACAAGAAGAUCACAGAGUUGCUGACAGAUGUUGAGCGGUUGAAGCAGGCACUGAAUGGUCUGUCCCAGCUGGCGUACACGAGCAACGCCCCCAAUAAGAGACAGACGCAGCACAUUGACACACUCCAGGCCCAGAUCAAGAGCCUGCAGCAACAGCUGGCUGAUGCUGAGAGGCAACACCGGGAGGUGGUUUCAAUUUAUCGAACUCAUCUUCUCAGUGCAGCACAGGGCCACAUGGAUGAGGACGUCCAGGCUGCCUUACUGCAGAUCAUCCGCAUGAGACAGGAGUUUGUGUGUUAAAGCUUCCUCCGACUAAACAAAAUGCUACCUGCUGACUCAGAUUCCCUCAUUCUCUCAUCUCCUGCUGCUGAGUUCCCCUGCUGUGGCCCCUGUGGGUGCCCUGUGUGUGUGUGUGUGUGUGUGUGUGUGUGUGUGUGUGGCUGCUCUGAAAUUCACAUUUUUCUAGUAUAGCUUCCCUUUGGUCCCCAGAUAUCUAAAGCUCUCUUAUGUGAGUAAGACUGAAUAACUUUAGACUUCUGAUGCAGAUGAGUUAUUUCAGCUUCUGUCAGCACGCAGCAAGCGAGAACUCAAUUCAUUUAGAAACGGCAGUACAUCAGUUCCUGUAUCAGACUGGCCUGUGAGCUAAUUUUGAUUUAAUGAUCUGCACGUAUGCAGGAACAGUUUUCAGCUUCUUUUGCAGCACAGUAUGUGAAGAUGUGAUUUCGUACAUUUCUGUCCAAUCUAUUACGAAUGAUGAUGCAAAUCUCUGAGUUUUCACGUGGCUUUGUCUCAUUACAAGCAGUGAUGUGGGAGUCUUUCGAAAUGUUGGCUCCCUUUUGUCGAUCACUCUUGAAACACUCAGCAGAAAACACAAAGACCACUUUUCACAUUCCCACCUGACAGUUAGCUCUCAUACAGUAUGUUUUUUUUGUGUUUAACAGCAAUGCUAGCUAGAAUUUCAAAGAUAGGUUCACAAUUUUUAAAGUUUUCCCACAGGAAGUUCUUCUUUCCCGUGUGGCAUUGAAAGUAUCAAAACACUGAGAAUGAAUGUGCUGCUUACAGCAAUGAAAACCUGCUCCAAGUAUUGUUUUAAGACAGAUUUGAAAAAUUGUGAACGUAUCCUUUAAUAAAAUACACAAAUGCCCACAUGUACAUCAGAGUUCACUGUAAUCGUUCCUCCUGUCCAUAUUGGGGGUGCAGAGGUCCAUUUCUUAUGUGAUUCCAAUGUUGACAGCAAGUUAUGUGAGAAAAUGCAUUUCAGGAGGCAAAUAUGAAGCUUCAGCAGCGUGAAUGAGUCAGACAAAGUGUGUUUGUCGUCUUUUUAGAAUGAAGUUCGCUCUGUGUUUUCUCCAGUGUUUUUUUCCAUGCUGAGCUGCAGGACAGCACUAACAGAAAGAGUAAACUCUGACCUGAAGUCUCUGUACCUGUGGACAGAGUGCUCAUUGGAAAACCAUAAUCAAUGGAUCUCUUCAUCUGCUGUGUUGGCAGUAGGCACGAUUGCAGCGUCCAGUAACUCUGAAUGUACAUCCGAGUACUGCUUUACGUGAACCCAUCCUUCAACCUCGUUCAUGUCAGCUGUGACGCUUCAGCUGCAUUCUUGAGACAGCACUCAUUUUGUGGCACAGUUAUCUUCUUCUGGAGGUCCAAACUAGCACGUGUUUUCAGAAUAAUCCAAAUACCAAAGACCUGAAGAGGGUAAAAAUCAUCCAAAUCUGAACCUAUUUGCCAUUUUGGUAUAUGGCACAUGGUAAUGUGACAGUUGUGUCCUUCGUACAGUCUGGUUUGUGCUGGAUUUGAGUCGUGGGGGUGUGAAGUGGAGAUCUCUUGCUGUGUCCCACAGUUUGCAGUGGCACGUCGUCCUUUUUGUUGAAACCAGAGUGUCCUCUAGUGGUGAGACUUGGCAGGCCAAGUUGAUAGAAAGUGUAAUAAUCACUGUGGCCCAGGGGUAGGCAGUAGUUGUUUUGGGAAGCUGUAGUUUCUGCAUGCUUGUGCUGAAAAUCAGGGAAAUCUACUAAAUGAAAUGUGAAUAUAAAACUAAAUUACUACUAAUAUCUGUGGAUUUGCAUUACUACAUUAAAGCCAAACCACUUUUAAAGAUGGCAGACGUCCCAACUCAAGCAUGACUAAAUAUAAAACCUAAUUUAGGCGGCAGCGGACCUUUCAGCUUCCGAGAACACGUUUGGCAUAUCCCUGAGCCGGCUCUUUGUGACUCUUGAUGGUGUAGUGUAGUGGUGUUGUGAUUGUUGAGCGAGUCUCUUAUGCCUUUAAACUGAUAUAUUUUUCAUAGCUUUGUACUACUUUAAUUACUGUACUACAGUGUGACAAUUCUGAUAUUCAGCAGGUCUGGAAGUAGAACGGCACAGAACACAUUCAGGGUAACAUUUACCACAGAAUGCCAUUUGAUAAGUCUAGAACAGAUUUCUUUAUUUAUGUGAACAGACGACCCCUUAACAAUUAGCUUAUUCGAAGCACUCCUGUCUUUACCUUUCAGCUAACACACUUUACCGAGUAAACUUUCUUGCUGUCUUUUUUUAUAUUUUGGCCAAAAACUCUGUUCUCAUGGUUUAGAAAACAAUACCUCUCGCAUUUUGUUAUGCAGAUGUUAUUGAUUAACACUAACCUUUUUUCAAUAUUUCUUUGUCUUCCCUCUACCGUUAACACAGACUUUAAGUUGCAUCUUGUUAAACCUCUAAAUAAAUAUGCCAGUCUGUUUAAAUUGGUUGUUUUCUUUGGCAGUAAUAUUUGUGUUUGAGAAUCAGUAAUACAACAUCAAUAAAAGUGCCUAACAUAGAAAACUA